GAUAAACUUACCGGUAUAGAGGAAAAAUCAGCUGCAGAGCUCUGGAGCGUGUUCGUCGCUGAGAUUGAAGCUUGGAGAUUCAAUAAGCAAAAAUAUUUCAUCGUAGAUCUCGUGUUACUACUCGUCGCGUUGAUUCGUUUUGCGAUUGGUCCAGUCGUUCGUUUUCCUGGGAUUGAUCAGUCUUAAGCUUUUCUGCUGGGUGUAUCUUGAUCUUGCAGGGGUAACCUCUGCUUAGCUUUCGUGGUUAUUGGUUUUGGUAUAAAAUAGCUCAACUGCUCGGAAAAAAUGAGUUCAACUGUUUCAAAUUCCCAAGGAAUCCUGCAACCAGGUGGUUAUGGUAGCCAUGACCCUCGCACUAACAGCACUUCUGGCUCUUUUGGGGUUCCAGAAUCAGAAUCUAAUGAAAACGAGGAAGCUGGUUUGGUCUCUGUGUCUUGGAACCAGGAUUCCAGUUGUUUUGCUGCUGGAACAAGUCAUGGUUUCCGUAUAUAUAACUGUGAACCUUUCAAGGAAACUUUCAGGCGUGAGCUGAAGAAUGGGGGGUUUAAAAUUGUAGAGAUGCUUUUCCGAAGCAAUAUAUUGGCGCUUGUUGGUGGUGGACCUAACUCUCAGUACCCUUCAAACAAAGUUCUAAUUUGGGAUGAUCAUCAGAGCCGUUGCAUAAGUGAGUUUUCAUUUAGGUCUGAAAUUCGCUCAGUGAAACUAAGAAGGGAUCGGAUUGUUGUUGUUCUUGAACAUAAGAUAUAUGUUUACAAUUUUAUGGACCUAAGACUUCUUCAUCAGAUUGAAACUCAAGCAAAUCCAAGAGGAUUAUGUUGCCUUUCUCAUCAUUCUAAUACAUCUGUGCUGGCUUGCCCUGGUCUUCAUCGAGGAGAGAUUCGAGUUGAACAUUUUGGGCUUAACAUGGUGCAAAUCAUAAAUGCUCAUGAUUCCAGUAUUGCGUGCAUGACCUUGACAUUGGAUGGUUUGUUGCUCGCAACUGCCAGUACAAAGGGCACACUGAUUAGAAUCUUCAAUACCAUGGACGGAACUCGUUUGCAAGAGGUACGAAGAGGAGUGGACAGAGCAGAUAUCUAUAGUAUUGCACUUUCACCAAAUGUGCAAUGGCUGGCAGUAUCAAGCGACAAGGGGACUGUUCACAUUUUCUCUCUUAGAGUUAGGGUAGUUGGGGAGGAUUCUUAUUCCACUGAAAAUAAUGCUCUCCUGACACAACAAACUUAUUCUAAUUCUCUGCAAGGCCUUGUUUCUCCAACGACUGGUACCAAUCCUGGUUCGUCAUUGUCGUUUAUGAGAGGUGUUCUGCCAAAGUAUUUCAGCUCGGAAUGGUCAUAUGCACAGUUCCAUGUAUCAGAAGUCACACAAUUCUUCGCAGCAUUUGGCAGUCACAACACGGUUGCUAUUAUCGGAAUGGAUGGAAGUUUCUACAGAUGCAGCUUUGAUCCGGUGAACGGGGGAGAGAUGGGACAGCUAGAAUACUUCCACUUUCUAAAGACGGAUAACCGCACAGAAUAAGUCAGAUUCAUACUCCCGUCACUCCUCUAAGCCUCUGUACAUAAUCAUGUCUAUGUAAAUAGAUUUAGUGAGAGUGCAUAAUAUUGCAUUCUUGCAUAUUGCUAUUUCGAGUGAAGGACCUGCAUAUUGAUUGGGACGAUGUACAUAUCUACAUAGCAAGAUUCAUCCGCAACAGUUUGAUUCUAAACACUGUUAUGUAUAUUUUCUAAUAACAUCACACAAAGAGUAAUAACAACGGAAAAAAAACAGUUUCAUUGAA